CGAAUGUUAGAUAUCUCAUUACCCUUGAUAACAGUAAUUUCGCGUCUGACCACGCGUGUCGCUGAGAUCGUGAAGGUCGAGAAGAUCGUCCGGGUUGGCUUGGUCAAAACUAUCAUCAUCAUCACAGCCUGCCCCCAUUGCAUGUUUGGCAAUGCCGCUUCCCACAGGCGCAUCAGCUAGAGAGGCACAGGAGAAAUCCGGACUAGAUGAGUUGCAAUGGCCGCGCUUCUACACUAUUACAUUAGAGGUGGCAAAGCAGUUUGCAGGUCGAUCGUGGGCCAAGACCCCCGGGGGUGACAGAGAAACCAUUCGGAAACGUGUCAAUGAGAGGCUUCAGGAGGAGAAAAUCCCCGCUGUUGCGGACGACAUCCUUCGCUGGCGGAUGCAAUACGCUCUCCGCGACGCGAAUAAGUCGGCGUCGCGUCCAAAGCCACAGGCGGAGCGUGCGACAAGCGCCGAUGCAUCACGCACUUCCCGCCCUUAUGACCCAGUUCGGGAUCAGUAGUCACAGAGUGGAGAUGUUACACUCGUUUAGUUUACAUCUUCCAUGCCUAUUUGAAUGCGUGACGAGAGCGCAACUAAACUUUAAUAGUUUGCCUCGCACAGGACGCCUCAGUGGCGUGAGAGAACAUCGCCUAGUAGCUGAACAUUGAUAUAGCAGAUAUGACCACCGUCACAUUUCCUGCUGCUUGUCACACCACGCUUUCCCCUAAUCACCGAAGUGCAUUGGCAACUUUCAUCAGCAUUGCCAAUUGCUAACAUCAGCCUUGUCUUCUCUGUAAACGAGAAUCCGUACCGUGCUCGAACAAACAGAGGCCAGUCUGACCACUUCAUCAGUGCAAGUUUGCCCUGACAUGAUCUUAUGUUCCGCUCGAGCUCG